UCCAGGCCUCGGGUGUGGGGGCAGCGAGCAGCCGACGGAGCUCCGCCCGCGAGCGCAGCUGCCAGGGCAUGGCCCUCGACGGGGCGCCGCGGAGGGUGGGGGUGGUGGGCUACGGCCGCCUCGGACAGUCCCUUGUUUCCCACCUGCUGACCAAGGGACCGGAACUGGGCCUAGAACUUGUUUUUGUCUGGAAUCGCGAUCCAGCACGAAUGGCGGGGAGCGUGCCCCCUUCCCUGCAGCUCCAGAACCUCGCUGCCGUUGGGGAGAGGCACCCUGACCUUGUGGUGGAAGUGGCCCAUCCCAAAAUAAUCCACGAAUCUGGGGCACAAAUCCUGCGUUAUGCCAAUCUCCUGGUGGGGUCCCCCUCAGCCCUGGCUGACCCGGCCACAGAGCAGCAGCUCCUGGAGGCCUCGCGCCGCUGGGACCACGCUGUGUUUGUGGCCCGGGGGGCCUUGUGGGGCACUGAGGACAUCGCCAGGUUGGACGCAGCCGGGGGCCUCCAGAGCCUCCGUGUCACCAUGGCCACGCACCCCGAUGGCUUCCGGCUCGAGGGCGCCCUGGCUGCGGCGCACAGCACGGGGCCUCGCACGGUGCUCUACGAAGGCCCCGUGCGCGGGCUCUGCCCCUUCGCCCCCCGCAACUCCAACACCAUGGCGGCCGCCGCCCUGGCCGCCCCCAGCCUGGGCUUCGACCGCGUGAUCGGGGUGCUUGUGGCCGAUCUCAGCCUCACGGACACGCACGUGGUGGACGUGGAGCUGAGCGGACCCCCGGGCCCCACGGGCCGAAGCUUUGCUGUGCACACCCACAGGGAGAACCCCGCCGAGCCAGGCGCCGUCACCGGCUCCGCCACUGUCACCGCCUUCUGGCACAGCCUCCUGGGUGCGGCCGGGCCCCCGUCCCCGGGCCUGGGCUCCCGGGCUCUGCAGGGCGUGGGUCUCGGGCGCUGCUGCUUCUGCAGCUGUGGUUGAUGACCGAUCUUUAUUUCUGAGUCCCCUUAACCUUCCACUCCACGGCUCUGAAUCUGCGUCUCUCUCUCUCUGUCCAGGUCUCCUCUUUCUGAGUCUGUGUCCCCCGCUCUCUGGGACCCUCCCUUCCCUCUGUGUCUCUGUCCCCCUCUGGGUCCCUGGCCCUCUCUGCAGGUCUUCCUCCACCCCCGGCUUGCUCUGUCCCCUCCUCCAGGUGUCUGUCUCUCUCCCUCUCUGUCUCAGCCUCUCAUUCCCCGUAUCCCCCGCAGGCUGCUGCCAGCUCCCCUCCAGGCCCGGGAUCCAUCUCUGCUGAGAAGCCUGCUCCUGCCCCAGAGGACAUGCUCGGCUCAUUGACCCCCUCCCCACCCUCCCGCUGCCCUGGCCUCAGUUUCCCUGGAUCUCCCUCUU